UCUCCAUCACACACAUUCUUUUUCUCUUCGUAACUGUGGUUCCUUGUGGGGAAGUUUUAUCUGCAUCUCAUUGAAGCUUUAGAAUUUUCAAGAGAGUGUUUCUGUGCUGGAAAAAUGUUUGCAGAGACAGGUCUUCUCUUCCCUUAUUUGCAGAACUUCUCUCAAGAGCUUCAACAACUUGAGGAGUCCUGCAUGACCCACAAGUCCAAUGCUUCAAUGAGUGACCUUGUCCAAUCUUCUGCAAUCUCAGAGUAUGAUUUGUUACUAGAGGGAGAUCUGUUCAAAGCACCUGAACCUAUUAUCGAAGAACCAGCAAUAGACCUUGAUCCUGUGCAAGCAGCCAUCUCAAUGAUAUCUUGUGCGGACGAUGUCUCCUCCCAGGGUCUAAAAUCCUCAGAUAUUGAUGUGCUUCAAAAUGAACAAUUUCUGAGUGAGGUAUUCUAUGAGUGCAAAAAGGACCUCUUAGAAAAGACAGUGAUAGAGUCACCGCGCUCUGAUAUUAUGGAAAUCAAUGUUCCAUCUCUGAACAUUGAUGAUAAUUCAAUUCAAGAAAACAAACCUCUUCCUCACAUGACAUUACCAAAGAGUGUCAGUUCAGGAAAUCUGAGUUCAAUAGACUGGAUGAAUGGAGCAGCAAUGAAGCCUGCUUUCCUUGAUUUUCCGGGAAUUGAUUUCAGUUCAGUUUAUGGCAUGCGGAGAGCAUUUAGCGAAGGAGAUAUCAAGACUCUUGGUAAUGGCCACAUGAACACUGGCCAAUCUCCCCUGGAGAGGCCUUUUCUACUCAGCAACUGCACUAGUGAGGAACGUCAAGAAAAGCUCUCCAGAUAUAGGAAUAAGAAGACAAAGAGAAAUUUCGGGAGAAAAAUUAAGUAUGCUUGCAGGAAGGCACUUGCUGACAGCCAACCGAGAAUCCGUGGAAGAUUUGCAAAGACAGAAAAUUAGAUUUGAAGAGGCAAUGACUGUUAACCGAGUCAGUUGGAAGAAAGUGAUGUGAUCAAGAUAUUUGGAAGAGCUUGGUAAUAGUAUGUGCGUGAAAAUUAAACUUUGUUGAAUUCUAAGUCUAGAACAGGUUUUGCUGAAUAAAUAAGAUACAGACCUCAAACUCCUUAGGGUAGUUCGCCUCUUAUAUGCUGUAUUAGCGGAAUGAGCUCCCUCUUAUGUACAUAAGAGGUUUGUUGAAUAAAAGAAGGAAAAUGUAGUAAAGUUUGUAUCAUCUACGUGUAUAUAUAUAUAUAUAUAUUGC